GAAGUGCGUCCACGUGAGUUUUGUAAACAUAAUAGUGAGCGGGUGAGUGCGGUCACUCUCCCCGAGCUCAGUGCUAUGAAGGCCCGUUACAUUCUCCUGGCGCUCCUCGGCAGCGUGCUCACUCCCGGUCAGAGCUACACCCUGAGGAGCUCCGUGUCCUGGGUCGUCUCCUCCAACGAUGUAGUGGAGGACGCGGACCUGUCGGAGGAGGUGGCCCCGGCGCUGCUGGUGGACGGCGCGGGGCUGUGGAAGCAGGCGUACCCGUCCUCCAACGUCCUCGGAGACGGCGCGGAGAGCCCCGGGGAGCUGGUGAAGCCCGAGAGCGACGGUGUGGCGCAGCUGUCCUCCCGCUUGUUUUCGUACCGACUGGAGAGUGUGAAGGGUUCCGCCGGCGGCGCUGCUCCCCCGCCGCCACCGCACCAGGAGACCGCCCGGACCGCCCGAUACAUAGCACACUACAGUGACUGGGGACAUCUGUCCACCAUCUCCAUGCAGGACAAGAUUAAAGGUCUCCCCUUUGGGAACAUCUUCUCAGUCAGCGAUGGACCAGCUGACAACAGCACUGGAGUUAUCUACUUCUACGUAACUCCGAUGGACAACUCUGUGUCAGACCUGAAAAAUAACCCGUAUGCUUCUCUCACCUUCUCAGAGGCAGAGGGGGAUUUCUGCAGGCAAAUGAUGUAUGACCCAGAGGAUCCAAGAUGUGCUCGACUCACACUGACAGGCAAGAUGGUGGAGGUGGCGCCAGAGGAGCUUGCAUUUGCAAAGGAAGCAAUGUUCUCCAGACAUCCUGUUAUGGCGAAGUGGCCAGUGGGACACAAGUGGUUCUUCAUGAAGCUGGAGUUGAUCCAAGUGUGGCUGCAGGACUGGGUCGGGGGCGUUUCACUCAUACCAAUCGAGGACUACUUUAAAGCAACACCCUUCUGAGAAUAUCCCUCCCUCUGCAUCACGUCAGCCUACAGAAACAGACCAGUCAGCUGUCUGCACCGCACGUCACUCAAAGAAGGGACAAGACAAUGUUCACAGAUUACUUAAAAGCUUUUUUUAAUUCACCAUUUUUUCUUUGUUUGGGACAAAAUCAGUUCAUCAGGUUCCUGUGUGAAUGUAUUUUAAAUCACCAUCAGUGAGCUUAUUAAAUUUAAAGGUCACGGUCUUCACUGCUGGUAUAGACUGGCCUGUGUCAUUAAUUAAUUAUUUUCAAACAAUAAAUGGCUACUAUUGUAUGGGUUUGCAUCAAACUAUACUGUAUUGUGAACAUACAAUUCUUGCGCAUAUUUAAUUUUUAAGAAAACAUUGAUUUAUUGUGUUCACUUUGUUUUAAAGCUUCGCUGGGAAAUGUAUUGUCAAAGGAUUAAGUUGGUUGAAGAAGUUGUGUGGGUGAUAUAGGACAUGGAAAUAACUAGGGCAACUAUUAGAUGAAUUGGUUAUUAAUAGAUUGACUAAAUCUCUUUUCAAGGUCGAUUGAGCAGCAGUUGUUGGCUUAAACUCACAUCACAUUAUCCUAAUUAAUAAAUGGAAUUUUAAAUGAGCAAA